AUGUUACAGCAUACUCCACCACGCCGGAGUCCUCGCCUGCAAGGUAAUUUAAAUGCAGAUGCUGUAACCAAUGAUCUUCCUGAUCAGGCUCAGCCAGAGUCAAGGCCAACAACUGCCACAAAACAAACAACCACACAAACUGCCGGUGGUAGUAAUAAGAGUGGGGAAUAUCCUGUAACCUCACAUAGAGUGCAGACAGCACCAAAUUCCUCCCUGGAAUUAAAUGGAAAGUCCGCUACCAUGCCAAGUAGCCAUCAACAGCAAACUAUAACACAGCAAAUGCCAGUGCUGGUGGAUAAUUGUGUAACCAGUAUGCCUCCUGGAAACAACAUAAUCCAAUCAUUGCCUACAACCAAGCCACAGUCGACGAUGUCGUCAAUGCCUGCCAGUCCAUCAGAGAUGCAGAUGCAAAUUAACCUGUUAAAGAGCCAGCUAUCGGAGACACAGGUAAAGCUAACCAACAGCAACCGCCAAUGCCAGGAACUUCAAUGUGCACUCCGAAGCACAUCAUCCCAGGUAAGUGACCAUAACCUCACAUCAGUUAUAGCCUCGCAAACGCCAUUUGCAACCGCCAUUGAUACCAUGCCGCCAACAACAUUUGGGUCCCGUUAUUCAAAUAUAGCAACCACACAUACAACCGCCGCCAUGUUCCAACCUAUAACGAGCAGCAACGUCGGCAUGCCGUCGCCGUACGCAGCCGUAGCGAAUGAAAAUCUGUAUGUAACUACAACAACCAGCGCGUCCUCAUCCCAGAUGGCAGCUUUGCGAGCAGCGGCAACUGCAGCCAGCAGCAACGCCGACCCUGCUUCAAACUUUUCACUGCCAACGUGGGAGCCAUUUCAAAAUAUACAGCAAUUAAGUGGUUUUCCAAAUUCAAAUGCAUCAACCUUCGUAAUGCCAAGAAAAAUUCAAGACUUGCCAGAAUUUAGUGGUGAUCCGGAGGACUGGCCAUUAUUUUAUACAGCCUUCAACCAGUCCACUUCUGCAUAUGGUUACUCAAACUUGGAAAACAACCAACGUUUACAUAAAUGUCUAAAGGGAGAAGCUCGAGAAGUUGUCAAGUCGCUGUUGAUUCAUCCUGAUAACGUCGAAGAAAUAAUAAAGCAACUUCGUUUUAGAUUUGGUAGACCAGAGCAACUCAUCCAUAGUCAGUUACGUCAAGCCAGAGAUUUACCACAGAUUUCGGAGAACAAUUUAGUAAAACUAGUGCCAUUUUCUACCAAAGUUAAAAAUUUAGCUGUCUUUUUGCAAUCGGUAAAUGGGCAACAGCACAUUGCUAACCCUACUCUGCUGGAAGAGUUGGUUUCAAAGCUCCCCAUGAGCAAAAAAUUGGAAUGGGCCAGAGUUGCCACUAAUAUUCGACCUUAUCCCACUAUAAUACAUUUUAGCGAUUGGCUCUGUGAGAUGGCCAAUUUGAUAUGCGUAGUGCAGGAGGUUGAAAGCAAGGACCAAAAGCGACGAGUUCUUUUGCAUUCCACGGGACAGCAAAUACAAUGCAAUAUAUGUCAGGGAGAGCAUAGGAUAUAUGAUUGCCGCCGUUUUUUGAACUUAAGUAUACCAGAUAGAUGGAAACAGAUCAAGAAGAUUCGUGCUUGUUUUUCCUGUUUGUAUAUUGGACAUACAACUCGAGAUUGUCGCCGUAAACGGGUAUGUCCUGUAGAAGGAUGUCAGCGUAGACAUCACAAAUUGCUUCACGAGGAUACCGUCAACGCUCCACAACAUAUGUUGCCAAAUCCUGAAAUAGAACCACAACAGAAUGUCCUCAGCUGUUCUACCAAAAAUAAGAAGAAGCUCCUCUUCCGCGUUCUGCCUGUCACUCUUCAUGGGGAUAAUUGCUCUUUGGAAAUAUAUGCCUUAUUUGAUGAUGGAUCGUCCAUUACCAUGUUGGACAGGGAUAUUGCCGACAAAAUAGGAGUACGUGGAAAGAAUACUUCUCUUAACGUCCAGUGGUUCGGAGGUCGAUCUGCAAGGGAACCCGUGACAUCCUUUAACAUAAAGGUGAGUGGUGCAGGAAAAAGUGGUUGCCACUUAUUAAAAAAUGUGUACGCUGUAUCAAAUCUUAACCUCCCGAUGCAAAGUUUAAGUGAGGAUGAAAUUUUAUCAGCCUUCAAAAAUUGUAAAAAACCCCCAGUGAAACCCUACUGCAAUGUAGUGCCGAAAUUACUGAUUGGAUUAGAUCACGCAUCUUUAGGGUUGCCAUCGUCCUGUAGGAUCAAUAAUACAGCCGGCCCAUUUGCUUUCAAUACAGAAUUGGGAUGGGUUGUUUUUGGACCAUGCCGCUCUCUGAGCCCAGUGGAGAAAUCAUGUUUGUUUAUAUCAGUAGAAACCAAAGACGAACUUCAUCAAAUGGUAGCUGAUUAUUUUAACGUGGAAAGUAUGGGCGUUAGAUCAGUUCCUCUAAUUGAAAGCGACGAUGAUGUUAGAGCCAGGCGGAUUCUACAUGAAACUACUAAAAGGAUCGGAGAUCGUUUUCAAACAGGCCUACUAUGGAAACAAGAUGGUGUCCAACUUCCAGAUAGUUACCCUAUGGCACUUAGUCGACUGGAAGGAAUUGAAAGGAAAAUGAAGCGAGAUUCGAAUUUCUCUGCAGCCUACAGAGAUAUAAUGCAGAAAUACAUUGAUAAGGGUUAUGUUCGAAAAUUAUCGUCAGACGAGAUACAUGCUCCAAGUGAUCGAAAAUGGUAUUUGCCGCACUUCGGGGUAGUCAACCACAACAAACCUGGAAAGUUGAGACUAGUUUUUGAUGCCGCCGCCAAGGUAAAUAAUAUUUCACUCAAUUCCCAACUGUUGAAAGGGCCCCAAAAUAUCGCCUCUUUGUUGUCUAUACUAUAUAAUUUUCGCCGAGGCCAAAUAGGAGUUGGUGCCGAUAUAUGUGAAAUGUUUCACCAAGUCAAAAUUCAGCCAUGUGAUAGAGUUUCCCAGAGGUUCUUAUGGAGAGAUGAAAAUCAAAAUAAGCCACCAGAUGAAUAUGAGAUGCAAGUCAUGAUAUUUGGUGCAGCCUGUUCACCCUGUUCGGCCAUUUUCGUUAUGAAUGCCAAUGCUAAAGACCAUUUGGACUAUAACCCAAGAGCAAUUGAGGCCAUCUGUGAGCACCAUUACGUUGACGAUUUUGUGGAUAGUUUUGAUAGUGUAGACGAAGCUAUAAUUAUUUCAAAGCAAGUGAAAGAAAUUCAUAAAAACGGAGGCUUUGAAUUAAGGAAUUUUAUAUCGAACUCAAAGGACGUCUCCCUGGCGCUCGAUGGAAGUACAAAAGCAAUGUCAAUUGAUUGUGGAACCGAGAAGGUCUUAGGAUUGUAUUGGGAGCCUUCCAGUGAUAACUUUAUGUUUAAUUUGAAAUUUAAUCGCGUCGAUUCAUCUAUUAUUUCUGGAGAAAAGAAACCAACAAAAAGGCAGGUUUUAAGUGUAAUAAUGUCUACAUUUGACCCUCUCGGAUUUUUGGGUCAUUUUACAGUGGGUGGCAAAUUGUUACUGCGCCAGAUUUGGAAGCACGACUGUCGAUGGGAUGAUACCAUUCCAGAUGAU